AUGGGCCGGUCCCGGCCAGGCGAGCGCGGGGCCCUCAGCCCCGGCCCCGCCGCGCCCCCCGCGCCCCCCGCGCCCCCGCCGCGCUGCGCUCGCGCCCUGGCGCUGCUCGGGGCCCUGCUCGCGGCCGCCGCUGCCGCCGCCGCCGCCCGGGCCUUUGCCCGCUACACCGAGGCCCAGGCGGCCGCGCGGCAGGAGGCGGCGCUGCAGGCCCUGGGGGCAGAAGGCCUCUUCCUCUUCUCCUCCUUGGACUCGGACCAGGACCUGUACAUCAGCCCCGAGGAGUUCCGGCCCAUCGCGGAGAAGCUGACAGGGUCAACUCCUACAACCAGCUACGAGGAGGAGGAGCUGCCCCCUGACCCCAGUGAGGAGACACUCACCAUAGAAGCCCGAUUCCAGCCUCUGCUCCCGGAGUCCAUGACCAAGAGCAAAGACGGGUUCCUAGGGGUCUCCCGCCUGGCCCUGUCCGGCCUCCGCAACUGGACAACCGCAGCCUCGCCGAGUGCGCAGUUUGCCGCCCGCCACUUCCGGCCCUUCCUGCCGCCGCGGGGCCAGGCAGAGCUGGGCGAGCCCUGGUGGAUCAUCCCCAGCGAGCUGAGCGUCUUCACCGGCUACCUGUCCAACAACCGCUUCUACCCGCCGCCGCCCAAGGGAAAGGAGGUCAUCAUCCACCGGCUCCUGAGCAUGUUCCACCCGCGGCCCUUCGUGAAGACCCGCUUCGCCCCGCAGGGGGCAGUGGCCUGCCUGACGGCCGUCAGCGACUUCUACUACACCGUGGUGUUCCGGAUCCACGCCGAGUUCCAGCUCAGUGAGCCGCCCGACUUCCCCUUCUGGUUCUCGCCCGGCCAGUUCACCGGCCACAUCAUCCUCUCCAAAGAUGCCACCCACGUCCGUGACUUCCGGCUCUUCGUGCCCAACCACAGGUCUCUGAAUGUGGACAUGGAGUGGCUGUAUGGGGCCAGCGAGAACAGCAAUAUGGAGGUGGACAUCGGCUACAUACCCCAGAUGGAGCUGGAGGCCACAGGCCCCUCAAUACCCUCUGUGAUCCUGGAUGAGGAUGGCAACAUGAUUGACAGCCGCCUGCCCUCAGGGGAGCCCCUCCAGUUUGUUUUUGAGGAGAUCAGGUGGCAGCAGGAGCUGAGCUGGGAGGAGGCUGCCCGGCGCCUGGAGGUGGCCAUGUACCCCUUCAAGAAGGUCACCUACCUGCCGUUCACCGAGGCCUUCGACCACGCCAAGGCCCAGAACAAGCUGGUGCACUCGAUCCUGCUGUGGGGGGCCCUGGACGACCAGUCCUGCUGAGGUUCAGGGCGGACUCUCCGGGAGACGGUCCUGGAAAGUUCGCCCAUCCUUGCCCUCCUCAACGAGAGCUUCAUUAGCACCUGGUCCCUGGUGAAGGAGCUGGAGGACCUGCAAAACAACCGGGAGAACCCGUCCCACAAGCAGCUGGCAGACCUGCACCUGGAGAAGUACAGCUUCCCCGUGGAGAUGAUGAUCUGCCUGCCCAACGGCACCGUGGUCCACCACAUCAACGCCAACCACUUCUUGGACAUCACCUCCAUGAAGCCUGAGGACGUGGAGAACAACGCCUUCAGCUUCGCGUCCACCUUUGAAGACCCGUCCACGGCCACCUACAUGCAGUUCCUGAAGGAGGGCCUGCGGCGCGGCCUGCCCCUCCUCCAGCCCUAGUGGCCGCCCCGGGCCCUGAGAAGGGGGGGCGGGGAGCUGGGCAGAAAGGCCUCCAGCAACGAGGCUCCUCCCACCCCACCACUCCCAGGAUGCCUGUGAGGUCGGGGGUCAACUAAGGUGGCUCUCCUCACUUGGCAUCUAUUUGGGGGGAGUUGGCAAGGAGGCGCCUGGGCUGGCCGGUGGGUGAACCUCUAGCCCCAGCUGCCACCAUCAGCCCUUUACUACCCACCUGGCUCCAGAAGCUGCUUGGGUCCCCCCAAAACGGAGCCUGGGGUCAUUUCCCUGACGGCACUCUCUCGGACACAUUGUCCAGGCCCUUGUGGGGUGAAGAAUAGGGAGAAGUGGGCCACCCCUUUCCCCCUACUUUCACCCCUCCCCAAAAGGAACAUCAAGAAGCCCUGGCGUGGGGUGGGGUGCCAGAGAAGUGCCCCUGUUUUUGUCCGGAGCCUUCUUCCUGGCCACAGCCCUCGCUGUCCUCCUGUGCCCGGCCGCCGGUGGGUCAGGCUCACAAGAGACAGCCAUCUGGAGUCUGAGCAGAACCCUCCUUCAGAAGCAGAAACCAUACAGUACCCCACACCUUGGCUCCCCAGACCAGUCUAGUCUAUUUGACUUAAUGAGAGGACCCCAAGCCUGGUUGGGGACUUGCUGGAGGCCAGCUGCCUGGGAAGAUCUGCCCUUAGGAAGGGGGUCCCUGAGGCCCAGACCCAAGGCACCACCCCCGCCCAGCCCCGCCCACCUCAGCACAGGGUCGCAGGGGCUCUGCUGGAAUCAGAGCCCGGGUGUGGCCCUGAGACCUCAGUUCCACAGGAGUGUAGCCCCGCCAGGGAACAGGGCCGCCCAGACCAGCUUGUCCACCCCGCAGGGUGCUGACACUCCCUGGCCAAGCUUGGGGCCUCAGUUCGCAUCCCAAGCCACUGAGCACGGCCAGUCUCUUUUAUACACACAGGGAAGUGUUUUUACGUGAACUUCCUCGCCGUUUGUAGGUAUUUUUACAGCCCCGCGCUAAGGAGAAGGAAGGGGCAAGGCUUCCUCCAGCAGCUGCCCAUGACGGCUGGAUCCGAAAUCCUAGAUGGACCCAGCCUGAUGUCUCUGCAGCUGCACCAUGGGAGGGAACAGUCCUCUCUCCCUUCUCUUCUAGUUUUUUAAGAACAGUCCUCAGAGGGUCAGUGCACCCUUGCUCUCCCUCAGCCCAGGAGGGCCCAGGCCUUUCACUAAGGCCUUGCGGCCAAGCCUGCUCCCCAUCCUUAAACCUGGAAGAGAAGGCAGGCAGGCGCUUCCUCAGACACAGUCCCAGGCCUUCUCCAGCUGAGGCACUUGGUUAAGAUUACACGUCUUUUCUCAUUUAAUCCUCACCACAAGCCUUUGAGGGAGAUAUUAAUUGUUCCCAUUUUGCAGAUGAAGAAACCGAGUCUCGGGAAAACAAGCUGACUUGCCCAGCGUCCCUCAGUGGUAGAGUUGAGAUGCGGCCUGAGUCUUGGUUGCGGGUGUUUUGCACCCUUACCACGCCCCUGCCUGUUUUCACUGAGGUGAAAAAGAAACCCUUUCAAGCCAAUGACUCGUUCCCUUCUGAUCUCUAGACCAAAUGAGGCAGGAGUUAGCGAGCUCAGCCAAGUUCGUGUCCUCUGGGAGGCAGGCACCAUGCCCUUCACAGGGAGGGACGGCCCGAAGCCUUUCCCAGUGCUGCCAAGCACGGCUGGCAGUGAGGGACUGAUUGUUCGGGCUUUCAGCAUCCUCAUCAGAUGCUUCUGCCUGACCCCCAUGUGCCUCGAAGCUCGUGGGGGGGAGGGCCCCCAGCUGCCCUCUUGUCACACCUCUGCCACUUUCCUCACUCUCCCCAACACGUCCUAUAAUAAAAUUGAAGAUACGA